CACGCGGACCUCAGUGCGCGAGCAGCUUGCCCACCGAUUGCAAUUGGACAAGCAUCGAAGGAGCGAGGCAGAGCACAGCGACGAGCACCUGCCUACUGACUGGUUUGUAGUGGCAGCGCGGCAUCGAUCUGUUGAUUAUCGUCGGAACAGGAGCCCAAGUUGCACUCGAGGAUGCCGCGCUGAGCUUCCUAGAACAGGACAGGACAACAAAGUCUGCUGCCAGAAGCGAUGGAUCUGCUGAGCUCUCUGCUGCUGCUGAUCCUACUGAUCGCAUGGCAGCCACCAAGGAUUCAUGGGCAGCAGGGACCGGUGUUCGUGAUGGAGCCACCGAGUACGCUCGUCUUCUCCAAUACCACGGGCUCGCAACUCAGCUGCUCGGCUCAUGGCAGUCCAACGCCUCAUGUCACAUGGAUUGCUAGUCCUGACCAGAGACCCGUUAACGCUGUACCUGGACUGAGGCAGCUACUGGGCAACGGUACGCUUUACUUCCCACCGUUUUUGGCUCAGGACUUCCGCGCGGAGAUACACAACGCACGAUACAGAUGCCGAGCAGCCAACUUUGUCGGCACUGUACUCUCCAGGGAAGUCACCCUUCGCGCAGUGUUAACGAUGCCUGGUUACGAGGUAAGAGUUAAUCGCUCGCCAGUGGUCGAAGGUAACAACGCUGUGCUGUCGUGUACUGCUCGCGAGGACAUCAAAGAGCAUCUGACCGUCACGUCCUGGUAUCGCGACGAAUCGAUCUUACUACCCGGCAGUACCGACACAGGUGGUAGAUUCGUGGUGACGUCGCAGGGCGACCUGCACAUCAAGUCGACGAGGCAAGAGGAUGGACGUGCUACGUAUGCAUGCCUGACCAGACACUCGCUUACCAGCGAGACGAGAAAAAGCGAGCCCGCCUCCCUCACUGUUGUUGAGCCGAGCAGCACAAUGCCACCGAAGCUGAUGCAGCGCUCGCAGAUUGCGAUCUCCGCCGAACGGGAUUCCGACGUGCAUCUCACGUGCUCGGCCCAAGGAAACCCACCACCACAGUUCACCUGGUAUCGCGACGUCAACGGGCGUUUGGUGCCAGUGGAGUCGUACGGUCGUGUUCAGCUGUGGGGUGACCUCAUGAGGAUCCGGAGAGUGGACGUGCAAGACGCCGGUAGAUACGUUUGCAGCGCGCGCAAUCAAUUUGGCGAGCAACAAGCCGAGACUCAUCUCUCUGUCACCUCGAAAUUGAACGCUCGCAUCCAGCCGCUUCUCCAGGUCGUAAACUCAGGACAGACGGCAACGAUGAAUUGCACGGUGGAGGGCUUCCCGAUCGAGAGCGUGGAGUGGUUGCACGAUGGGGUUCCGAUACACUCCAGCCAGGAUUCGAGAAUACGACUGCCAGCCCCGUUGGUGCUCGUCAUCGGUUCUAUUGGUCGACGCGACAAGGGCAUGUAUCAAUGCUUAGUCAGAAGCGACAAAGAGAACGCGCAGGCUACCGCGGAGCUCAGGCUUGGUGAUACCGUGCCAGAACUGCAAUACACGUUCAUCGAGCAAACAUUACGACCAGGUCCACCUGUAUCCUUAAGGUGCUCUGCUACUGGCUCACCACCGCCUUCUUUCACGUGGUUGCUCGACGGUGAUCCACUAAACGAGAUUGCGUCUAGUCACAGGUACGCGAUAGGCCAGUAUGUGGACCAGUCAGGUGAUGUGAUAAGUCACUUAAACAUCACGUCGGCAACGACGGAAGACGGAGGUCUAUACGCCUGCGUGGCCUCGAAUGCCCUGGCCUCGGUCGAGCACAAAGCCCGACUCAAUAUAUGGGGACCCCCAUACAUCCGACUGCGAAUUAAUCCAGUACGCGCGAUCGCCGGCCGAGACAUCACGAUAGCCUGCCCUUACUCCGGCUACCCCGUAACUUCGGUCAAGUGGUCCCGCGGCGGUUCUACCUUACCUCCGGAUCUCAGACAUAAGCUCGACAGCGAGGGCCAGCUGACUAUCAACGAGGUCAAUACUAACGAUGAGGGCACCUACACCUGCACUGUACAUGCCAAUUCUGGCCAGACCGCCAGCCGGGAUAUCCAAAUUGAAGUGCAAAGUCCACCAGUCAUGAGUCCGUUAAAUUUUCCACCGAAUUUGCAAGAGGACAGUCGAGCUCAGAUAGCCUGCAGUAUCACCUCCGGGGAUCUUCCUAUCCACUUUUCUUGGCUGAAAGAUGGUGAACCCCUACCCUCUUCUCUCAACAUCGAAGUGAAGCGCGACGACUUCUACAGUUUCCUGGUCUUCAAGAACGUGACGUCGCGUCAUAGCGGCAAAUACACCUGCGUCGCCACGAACAAAGCCGCGAAAGUCAACGAGACAGCCGAAUUGUUGGUGAAAGUGCCACCACAAUGGACUUUCGAGCCGCAGGACGUUUCAACUUUACUGGGUAAUCCACUGUACGUCCACUGCCAGGCGACCGGUUUUCCACCGCCACAAGUCACGUGGCUACGCGGUCGAGCGCGAACUGCAGACGAUUUUCAACUGUUGACCGAAGUCAUGGAUGGAAGAUUAACGAUACUGCCAAAUGGAACACUAUGGACGGACUCAGCUGGACCUCAACACGAAGGCCACUACCUGUGCAGAGCGAAUAACAGUAUCGGAUCUGGGCUGAGCAAAGUCAUAUACGUCUCGGUUAACGAGCCAGCGAGAUUUGAAUUUCAGAGCAAGAACGUGACGAUACGGCGGGGCGAGUCCGUGGUGCUCGACUGUACGGUCAUCGGCGACAAUCCGAUCAACGUACAGUGGUCGCACAAUAACAAUCGCUUCGACGCCAAUACUCACAGACUGAGUGUCAGCCAAGUGAAGACCGACAGCGGACUCAAGUCGCAAAUGUCCAUUGGCUUGAGCGAUCGACAGGAUUCCGGCGUUUACAAGUGCACUGUCGACAACGUCUACGGACGCAGCGAGCACUUUAUUUAUCUCGCGGUGCAAGAGCGGCCGGAUCCACCGUCGGCUCUCGAGGUCAUCGAGAUUGGCUCGAGGUCGAUCAAGCUUUCCUGGAACAAAGCCUUCGACGGCAACAGUCCCAUUCGAGAGUACAUCAUCCAAUAUCAGCCGGUCUCCCACGGCAUGCUGGAUGACGAGUGGGAGCCGUCGAAAACGCACAAUAUCUCCCACCUACCAGGCUCUUUCUACGGGGUGACUAGUCCAACGCAAAACGGUAUCACGCGCUAUGACGCUACCAACGAAGACCAAGAAAUCGCCCUCGUCGGUGGCUUGCAUCCCGCAGUCACUUAUAAAUUUCGCGUGUUUUCGAUAAAUUUUAUCGAUUUAAGCGAGCCGACCAAACCGGUGGUAGCUAAAACCCAGGAAGAAGCACCAACUGAACCUCCUCAAAACAUUAAAGUUAGCUCUGCAGGUCCUGGGGAAUUGAUAAUAAGUUGGGAGCCUCCACCCAAGGAAUCGUGUAACGGCGACCUAUUAGGCUACAUCGUGACCUGGUCGGAACAUUCGUCCUCCACAUCGGGUGUCAAUCAAAGCAAGAGCUUGAACGUCAAUGGUUGGGCUACGAAUAAAGUUCAACUAACAGGACUGAGAAAUUUCACCAAGUACGACAUUUCGAUAAGAGCUUUCAAUAGUAUCGCUAGUGGCCCACCAAGCGUUCCCAUAACCGGCACCACCCAAGAAGGAGUACCAAGUGCACCACCAACGAGGGUAAUCUGCGAGUCGCUGUCGUCGCAAAGCGUGAAGGUACACUGGAAAGCGCCUCCCGCUCAUCAGCAUGGUGGAAUUAUUCAAGGCUACAAAGUUUUUUAUCGCCCCGUGCCGACCGAUAACAUGGAAAUCUCGACAGCCGGCGAAAUAAAAAAGACGACCAGCAACGAAACCUACUUGCAUACAUUGUACAAGUACACCAACUACUCGAUACGAGUGCUCGCGUACACUGGUGCUGGAGAUGGGGUGCUGAGUAAUCCUAUUUACUGCGCCACCGAAGAAGAUGUACCCGGACCACCGGCUGGUAUCAAGGCUCUGGCCUUGUCAUCGGAUACGAUAUUGGUAUCCUGGCUUCCACCAUUGCAACCCAACGGCCAUGUUUCCAAAUACACAGUUUACUUCAGAGAGGCAGGUGCGAGCAGACACAACACCUACACGAUUCACGAGCCACCGAGCUCGUCGUCCGAUACUCUGACGAAGGAAUUGCGCGAAUUUAACGAAAGGCAACUUUACGAGUUUUGGGUGACCGCGUCAACGUCCCGGGGCGAAGGCGAACCUACCAUUGUCGUUUCUCAAAAGACUGAUUCGAAGGCUCCGGCCAGAGUAGCUUCGUUCUCUCAGCUUCUGCGGAAACCGGUGAAAUCUGCAGUGAUGCUGUCGUGCAUUGUCGUUGGCAAUCCAACAUCAAGGCCGCUCUGGACGUACCGAAAUAGUCAAGUGACGAAAGGCAAACACUACGAGAUUACCUCUGACGGGCAUUUGAAAAUUCACGCAUUGGAGCAGUCGGUUGCUGGCAACUACUCCUGCUCGGCGAGUAAUACGUACGGAGAUGAUUCGAUAACUUAUACGUUGAUUGUUGUUAUGCCGCCUCGUGCACCCACGUUAGAGCUGCAAUAUACUACCACGGAUAGCAUAAAAUUUUAUUGGAAUCAUCCGGACAAUGGCGGAGCAAAUAUUCAAGGUUAUGUGUUGAGCUACAAAAAGGACAAGGGCGGCUGGGAAGAGAUCAGCCUAUCACCGGAGAACACUGAAUUUACUUUAACGAGCUUGAAGUGCGGCUCGUCAUAUGUUGCGCACUUGACAGCUCAAAAUCGAGUAGGCACCGGGGACCCGAGCCCUCUGAUAAGCGCUACCACAAAAGGCACAGCACCUCUUCAGCCGAAAGAACGUGAAAUCAUCAUUGCCAACGCAACGUCGGUACGCUUGUUACUGUUGAAUUGGCCGAACGGCGACUGUCCUAUCGAGUAUUACACGGUGGAAUUCCGAAGAAAGGUCGGCUCCGAGCAGUGGAAUUUGGUAACGAGUCAAGCAACGGAUAACAUCAUCAUUCGAGAUCUGAAACCAGCGACGUGGUACAGCGUGAGGCUGACGGCGCACAACGACGCAGGCUCCACGCAAUCUGUAAUGGACUUUGCAACUACUACUUUGAGCGGCGUUAGCAUUGGACCGCUGAACGAUCUUAUCACUGAUGAGGAAGCCAUGAGGGCGGCGCACAGCUACAAGGUGCUCUACGUUAUUAUACCGCUCAUAUGCGCUGUUAUACUGAUUAUUUCGGCCGUCGUCGUUGGCUACGCGAUGCUUAAAAAGAACGGAAGGGCUGGCUAUUUGGGUGAUAUCUUACCUGGACAACAACAGCCAGGUUUAGGACUUAAUUCUGCUCAUUCAGCACAUCAUCAUCUGUCAAAUUGUAUGUCGACCGUUCAGAUGAAAUCUACAGCUGAAAGAGAUAAUAGGCGAAAUCAUCAAGUGUACACUAGCUCACCUGUCAAGCAAGAUAAUCAUAAACCCGCCGUGGACCAUGGCUCUGAAAUGUACGAAAUAAGUCCUUACGCGACGUUCAGCGUGCCAGGACGAGAAAAUCGAUCUGUCACCACUGCCACGCUAGACUACACGAUGCAGUUCAAGACUUUCGGCCACUUGGAGAACGAAGACAUAAACAACAUCGAUUACGAGCAUUCGAGCAUUGACUUUGAAAGAUCGAAAACACCAAGGUGGCACAAACAACGCUACUUUCCGAGCAUAGCCGAAGCUGAGAGCAAGAUGCGUAACAAUCGACAAGGUUCUGGUAGCGACACCUCUGGUAGCCCUUGCGGCGAAUGCGCUGGUCCUAGUUAUCGAGUUCCCGUUAAGCCUUGCAGAGAAAAAACCAUUUUUCAUUUGUCCAAAAAAGAUGUGUUUUCGCGGGGCGUGGAAUCGAGCACCGAGUCGAACAAUGAAGGUUCGCCGUCACUAGGAAGGCGUCGCAACCGCCAGCCUAGCGGCAGGUCCACUCGAAGUUCUGUAGAAGACAUGACGCUGUUACCGCCAAGCGAUUUCAGCGACAGCCGCGAGUUGAUUGAAGUGGAAUGCGAACGCGAUCAGAAUGGCCACGACUGGCACGGGCAGUCCAUCGGUACGCGUCACGGUGGUAGCCUCGGUAGGUCGCCAUACAAAGCAGUCGAAACUAUGCUUGCCAGGUGAGCCCUUGACAUCAGCAGCGAAAGGAGCAAGAAAGGCAAGAAUUUACGAUACAUGUAUGAUCAAUGCUUCAAACGUUGCUCAAAGAUGUUUUUAAGAGCGUAGCAUACAAUGAAAAAUCAGCAGCGAUAUUCACAGCCUUGGAAAAUAUUAGAAUUCUGUAAAUAUCCUGCUCGCUCCAGAAUUGCCAACAAUUUCGAUGCAACUUGGUAAAGCCGAUGAGCUGCCUCGCGUGAAUAGCCGUGCAAGUAUACCACGUACGAAUGUUUAAUUGUUUUACAUACAAAUCAUCAAUCACUUUACUCCGAUAAAACGGUGAGUCGAGAAGGAGAGAGAGAGAGAGAGAGAGAGAGAGAGAGAGAGAGAGAGAGAGAGAGAGAGAGAGAGAGAGGGAGAGAGAGAGAGAGAGAGAGAGAGAGGAAAAUUUGAAGGACAUGACGAGCAAGGCUUCUCUGCGACUUUGAGAUGCUACCGCCUGGCAUACACAAUGAUACAACUCACCUGGACUACUAUUAGUAAUAAAUAUUAUAUAAAUGAUGAUAUUACAUAUGCCAAAGAUUAACAUUUUAAUCGUGCUGUAACUGCCAAAGUGAGCGUCGAGUAAGUCUCCAUCGGCGAUUGUUCGCUCGCCAACAUUAAAGACUUAUGGAUUUUUGUAUAAUUGUGCACCGCCUCGUUCUUCGAGUCUUUUAAUGAAAUUUGUUAUAUAUUUAAAUAUCCGUUUUCGAUGACAUAUAUUUACAGCUUGUUUCAUCGCAUGAUGCGUAGCUGCGGACGCGCUUCAUUCAAUUUCCGUUCGCCAAUUGACUUUUAUACCAAAUUUACCUUAGCUUUAGGAUGUUUUUACAUUAAAUCGCUACGGACAUUUUUUAUAACGUCAAGUACUGUAAGUUUGCUUCGAAACCUCUUGUAACAUUUGCUAAGAGACUGUUUACAAAAAAAAAAAUUGAGACUUUUCAACACCUAAUGCAUAUUUAAUAUUGAUUUUUACAUGCCAAUUUUUCACUUUUGCAAAAUCGAAUUGACUCAAUAACAUUUUCUUCGAAAAGACUAUAACUGUAUGGGUUUAAGAUGUAAUGGAAUAUGAACCGUAGAGAACGAAUGUGUUGAGCAAGAAUACUUCGCAAUAAGUCUAGGAAAACAUCGU